CGCACCGCAGCCGGUCCUACAUCCCUUUCCUCAUCUUCACCACAAAUCGCAUCUUCUCUUCCACAUCCAAGUGUUUAAACAUCCUUCAUAUUCUGUCACUUGCACGGUCCUACCAUAGACAAAGACUGCAACACACACUACCUCUUUACCUUCUCAAUCCGAUUCAAUGACAGACCAACGUCAAGCUCAGAUGGGCCCAAACUCCUUCGCGUUGAAAACUCUAGACAAUGCGCCCGAAUACUAUAAUUUUGACACUGCUCGUCAACGCAGCAAGACCCCGCGUCCCCAGAAAAAUGUUGAUAAUCGAUGGCAGCCAUACCCGAUUCGGGGAACGCAAGACUUUCGCCAGCAUGAGCCGGAGCUUCAUGCCCAGCUUCUGCCUCAGUCACGUUUCCAAGCAUACCCUCUGGACUUGUAUAUCAAUCAAAACUUUGUUCCGCCUAGACCGGCUCCCAAGGCAGACUAUGAAAUGUCUUCCACGUUCGGUGCUGGUGGUAUACAAUAUGGACAAUCUAUGCAAAUGACGGCGGGGCCUGCAAGUGUUGCUCCCACACCUAACACUUAUUCCCAUCAGCCGUGUAUGGCCUCAUUCCCACCUUACGACAGCAUGAUCCCUCCGUCAGUGCAGGCAGCCGCCAUUUUUGACGCUCCGGUCAUGCAAGCGCAGCUGCCUGCACUCCCAGAGGGGGUGAAACAUUGGCCGGCUUUGCACUCACUGAAAGACCUUCAGGCGCCGAUCAUGCAGCAGCACCCCCCUGCCUCCUCCGUGGUGCAAUCUCAAAUACAAGCAACCAGUUGCGACCAACGUUUCGACCAGGGAAUUGCGCACCAAGUAUCAUCCAAUUGCACAGCUGAAGGCAGCUCGGUGCAGCGUACCAAGCGCAAGGCAGUGAAUAGUGGUGGGGUGGUACGAAAGAAGCAACAGAAAAAUUCCCGCAUUCGCCCUGAUGACGAUCCAGAAUUUCAACGGGUCGUCAAGGAAGGGAAAGUCAUGUACAAAUGCUUGAAAGAGCACUGCGUAGAGAUAUACCUGAAGGAAUGCAGCGUACACAAGCAUAAACAAACCAACAGGCAUCAGAAGCGAACCAAUCGCUUGCUGUGUCUAGGCUGUGGCCACUAUUUCAGUCGCGGUGAUGGACUCAAGCGUCAUGCCAAAUCUGACCAAUGUUCCAGGAACCAGGAAAAAUCUUGUGUUGUCCCACCCACGAAUUUGGCCACCGGAACCUUCGCGGUAUCGCCCCAAGUCAACGGUCCUCAAGGACCAUCCACCUUUCAAAGGACAGGACCUGGACAGGCGGCCCAGCAAACCCCACCCCCGUUUGUACCCGAGUCGAACUUUUUUUCUGGCCCCGCUGUGCAACCAGUGGUUCAGGCCCCAAAACUGAACUCUACGACUCAGAAAGUUACGCCCUUCAUGCAGAACAUUCUAUCUCUGCCCGAUGUGGGAUCCAGUGUCCAGGCACCACAUGAACAACGCUCCAUACCCCACCAACCCUCUGGUAUGCCCCUCGUGACCGAUUACCGAUCAAGAGGGGGAAGAUGACAUGAGCUUUUUUAGCUCACCGGUCUCUCUUGCAUUCCCCGAUCACGGAUACUCAGCCCUUGAUUCAGUUGUACCUGCACCUUCUACUUCCCAAUUUGACGUUGUGGAGUCUUAUUGGGAUUGGUACAAGAGAUUGGAGCAACCGGUUCACGGAGAUUUCGCUUCGAUGUACUAAGACAAGUUUG